UAAUAAUAUAUUAGGGUUAGGGUUCAUAAUUACUUUGCUAUUUGGGGCUUUAUAUGAUUAUUAUUAUUUAUACUUGUGAGCUUUUCUUGUGCAAGUAAAUGCUUCAAAAUCACAUUCUUUCUCCCCAAACAAUUGUUGGGUAUUGGGAUUUAUGCGGUGGGUUUGAUUGAUUGAUUGAGUUUUUGCCAUUUGAUUGAAUAAAUUUCAGGGCUUUAGCGCCCCUGGUCGUUCAUAUCCAUGAUCAUCAGCGUUCCAUGGACCCAUCUCUAGUUCAAAACACUCCUUCAUUUGAGGAAGAAGAAGAUAAAGACGAGUGGGACACUGAUGGAUUUGUAAUUCCAAGCUUGGGAAUUGGAGACUCAAAUCAAAGCAAUCUUGAUGAUACUCCAAAUGUAGAAGCCUCAAAACCACCUUCUCCUAAGGUCAAAGUAGAAGAAGACAUUUACUUAGGACCACACGGGGCGCCCCCAUCUCUAUCGAAACAACAACAACAAGAACCUAUUUCCUCAAGCCGAAAGCAACGAUUUAAGCAGAAAUUGAAGGAAGCAGAUAGGAGAGUUGGUGGAACAGGACGAGAAAACAAGCUAGAAAAUCUUCGAGAGCUUGUCGGUGGUGGUGGCAAAGUUAGCAGUGUCAACAUGGGUAAAAACACUUCACGAGAUUGGCUCGAUCCACAUUGCCAUGAAUCGCAGUUUGAGAAGCGGCAUCAGCACUAGGCAGAGCAUCUUCCAUUAUAAUCUUCAAGUGGUUUUUUUCACAUUUUGGAAAAUACAAUUUUAUUAUUAAAGGUUGUGUAUAUUGUCAAUAAAUCUCUACAUGAACCUUGUUGUGAUGAAGUUAUUAUAAAAGAAUUUACCUGAGUUGAUUCA